UUUUGUUUCAAAAUAUAACCUCCAAACUUAUCACCUCUAUUUGUUUAUUAUUUUAUUAUCUAUACAAAAGAAUUUUUGAUUAAAUGCAAUUCAAACUCUAUUUUAGUAAUGAUGCAACAUUUAAAUGAACCUUGUAUUUUGUGCCAUUUAGUUCUAGAACACAUCAACAGUGCCAGUUGUAACGAAACAUUUUCAUUAUGGCCAAGUCUUUCAGGCUUAUUGUACAUCAAAAGGCAUUUAGCGAGGAGGACAUUAUUAUUAGUCCCAAAGAUUUCCCAGAAGCCAAAGAAGGCGACAUAGUCGAGAUUUAUUACCCUCAGCCGGAAGAAGAGAAUCCUAGACUUUUACUGCAGAUUAAAACAUUUAACGUUUUACAAACCAAAGAUACAAUUAGCAUUGAGCAAAGCAUUGCAACCUCUUUCGGCCUACCUACCUAUAAAGAUGUAAAUAUUAGAAUCGUAGACCCGGCAGAAGUCGCUUUGGAUUCUGUUGAAUUAACUUUUAAAGAUCAAUAUAUGGGACGAUCGGAAAUGUGGAGACUCAAGAAAAGUUUGACGAACACUUGUGUUUAUAUGACAAAAAAGUUGGAAUUUUGCGGAGGGGCGAUUCGCUGCCAGGUGCACGAAAUGUGGUCACAGGGCGAUCGCGUCGCGUGCGGUGUGAUUAACAAUGAUACAAAAAUUGUGUUUCGAUCGUCCACCUCGAUGGUCUACCUUUUUCUUCAAAUGUCGUCGGAGAUGUGGGAUUUUGAUAUUCACGGCGACUUAUAUUUCGAAAAGGCAGUUAACGGUUUCCUUGCCGAUCUUUUCCAAAAGUGGAAAAAGAAUGGAAAUAAUCAUGAGGUCACUAUAGUACUGUUCUCGCGUACCUUUUACGACGCGAGCAGCUUGGAGGAGUUUCCCGAACACAUGCGAGAGUGCUUGCAGAAAGAUUAUAGGGAACGAUAUUACGAGGAUUUUUACAGGGUGGCUAUUCAAAAUGAAAGGUUUGACGAUUGGAGCGGAAUAUUAGUUCAAUUACGACGCUUGUUUUCCGGGUAUUUGAAAAUUGUGCUGGAGUACCACUCGCGGCCGAAUAUCACGAUUCCCACUGCCACCAAUAGCACAGCGGUCCAAGGAAAUUUCCUGGAAGUGCUGAACAUGUCUCUCAACGUCUUUGAAAAGCAUUACUUAGAUCGCAGUUUUGAUCGAACAGGACAGCUUAGUGUUGUCAUUACACCUGGAGUUGGAAUAUUUGAGGUUGAUCGUGAAUUGACCAAUGUAACGAAGCAGAGGGUGAUAGAUAACGGGGUUGGCAGUGAUUUGGUUUGUGUCGGUGAACAACCAUUGCAUGCUGUUCCAUUAUUAAAGUUUCACAAUAAAGACUCGGACAUGAAUAUACCGGACGGAUACUCCAUGCCCCAUUGGAUUAACUUAUCGUUUUAUUCUACAAAUAAAAAAAUCGCUUAUUCAAACUUUAUUCCGCGCAUAAAGUUACCACCUACUGAGGAAAAUCGCCAAACAACAAGAAGUAGAGAUGUACAUAAAGGGCAAUCAAAAUUGGUGGAUGAAGAGGAGUACAUCCACAAUUCAUUUUUCGAUUAUGAUGCAUACGAUGCGCAGGUGUUUCAGUUACCUGUUGUGCAAGGACCUAGCUCUAGGCAUCGAACGUCAACGAGGUAUAAGAAAAUGACAAGCGGCUUUUUGGACGCACAAGAGCAGGUCAAAAAUCAAAGAAAAUUGUCAGAUCCCGAUAUACAUCACUCGAAUGAAAGCCCCUGUCGCUCACCCGCAAUUACAAUACCGCCAUCAACAGUGAGUCCUGUACCAUCUGCGGCCUUAGGUAACAGUGAUGGUAAUGUUAACAAUAGUACCGUAUUCGUCAAUUCAAUCUGUCCACUUUCAGAAAAAAACGGAGCUGCGGCUUUGGAAAAGGACCUGUCGCCACCUUUGAGGCCGAUCAUCGGAUCCGCCGGUUCACCCCCUCCCGCCGGCAUAGAUUCUAAGGAAAUCCGACGUUGUAAAGCGCUUAUCAAUCCAUUUGACCCUUCGCACGUUACCAUUAAGCUGACGUCAAAUCGCAGACGAUGGACCCACAUUUUCCCGAAAGGUCCUACGGGCGUUUUAAUUCAACAACAUCAUUACCAAGCGGUACCUACGCAUCAGGAGUAUACUUUGGAAACUUCUGAUGACGUUCCACCGGAUUCACCUUCUAACUCGGGAAGUUUGGCGCAAAAUAAUAUUUUAACAACAGCACUAUUAGAAUACUUAAAAAAACGUCCAAGUUAUCAAAGUCCCACUCACAACACGUCUGUAAGGCACGGCUCUAAGAGUUUAACAUUGCUAUGGGGCGCAACAGGCGAACAAGAAUGGACCCCUGCCAUUACCACAGUCAAUGAAGUCAUCAUAGGUGUGGACUGGAAAUCUCUUACCAUACCAGCUUGCUUACCGAUAACAACAGAUUACUUUCCGGACAAACGAGCACUUCAAAUAGAUUAUGUCGUAUCUCUGUAUAAUUUGCUACCAGAUGAUGUCAAUGCGGAUUUUGCGCAGCAGCGCGCGAAUUAUAAAAAACCGCUUACUACCGUAGAGGUUUUCAAGGAGCUGGUCUCGCAACGUCUCGCCCAAGGUUUUCAGCUGAUACUUUUGCCGAGCCCAAAAGAACAAUAUUUGACUAACUCACAAACGGUUAGUAGCACCGGGUCGCUGAUGCGUAAACGAGCUACCGAAACCGAAUUAACCGAAACAUAUCAUUUAUCUAUCGGGAGGAUUUUUCAUAAAAUUUCCUUGACUGGUAAUUCCAUAACGGUCACGCGUUACAGACCUCGGCAUCCUUAUCCACCUUUCAACAUACAUUACCGGUAUAGGUUUCAAGCUCCAUAUCAUGACACAUAUGAAGUGUCAUGGGUGAGCUUUACUACGGAAAAGAUUGAAAAUUACAAUUGGAACUAUUUGGAUCACUACAUAUGUACCAGAGGAGAUACAGAUUUUGUGCUGGUUGAUGCUUUAAAGUUUUGGAGAUUUAAAGUUUACUUACUGCCAACGAAUAAUGCGGCCACAAAACGAAUUAUCGAAGGCGCAAAACAUUGUGAUAUAUACACGCCACUCACGAACGCCGAUUACAAUCAGAUCAAUGAAGGAUUUCUUAAGUUUAUUGAGGUGGUCGUAAACAAGAUCAAGCGACCUAACGCCACAAAGAAAGGAAGGACAUCUUUGAGCAUACCUAACUCUACUGGUCCUUUGCUACAACUACGCCGCCAUAGCAUGACUAUUCCUUCACAGAAAUUUGAGAACCUAGGCGGGUGUAGUUCUCCAUUUCGUGAGCGGCUAGGUAGCAACAAACUUCCUGAGAGAAGUCGGCCAAGAUCUGGAUCCAAAGUAUUGGAACGAGGAAGAAAUUCACCUGCAGUCGAUGUUCAACAGUCUGAUCUUCCAUUUAAUGAAUGUGAUGAAGGAGCAACGUUACAGCAAGAACCGUGCCUUAGUAGCACCGCGACCUUUGCAGAGAUACUAGAAGCGAUGAAAAAUCCAGUUACCGGCGUGGGAUUCCUUUCUUCUCAACAAAAUCUCCCUAACUGCACAUUCAUUGCGGCGGACGCGGUAAAUUGGCUAGUCGCCCACAUGGAAGGAGUGUGUAGUAAUGACAAAGCCGUCCCGAUAAUGGAAGCGCUGCGCAAGGACCAUUUAAUUUGUCACGGAUCCGGGGACUGGAGCAAGCAGUUCGUUUUCGGAUUCUUCCUAUUUUAUAUAGUCAAUAAUGGCAAAGACGCAGAUCCCUCGCCCAUUGGGGAUUUGCAGAGCUUCGAAAAUGACUGGUUGGAAGUUGAGAUGCGUCCACCCUUAAAUUGGGGCCGAACUGUUAGCGAUAAUGCGGUAAAUGUUCCCAACGUUUAUAAGAAAGAUGAAGUUGGAGUUCCUCACUUCCUCUGCGACGAUAUUGAUACAAAUUAUUUGCGAGGGGAGGUUGAUAAUGACUGUCCUGCAUACAAGCACAUGCACGUGGAUAUCGAUGUGGCCAAUAAAAGCGACAGAGUUGAAUGGGGCCAUGCCCGUUACCAAAGUGUAUUUCGGCCGGAUCAGGCUUACGAGCUUCGGUUAGAAUGGUUGGUCGCAUCCGGAUCUAUUGUCUCGGAAUUGUUGAUGGGUUGGUUACGUAAGGCCCAACCUUGUGGUAUUCAGAUGAUUCCAAUUCCUCAUGAUCCGUUGGCAUUACCUUAUUCUGUUAAAUCAGAUCCACUACGCGGUCCAAUAUUUAUUCCUUUAAAUACCAAUUGUUUGGUGAAAAAGAAUAGGAGCCUGUUUGAAGAAUUUAAAGAAGAUACUUGGCUAGAUCGCAUGUUCUUAUUUCAAGAGUGCAUUGUGGCACGUUUUGGUUUCUUACCCUGUCCAGUGGAACCAUUAAAUGCCAGAGAAGGCACCGUUGUGUCUCAAGAGCAUCAAUACAUUCAUUCUACCGGAACAGUUUUUAUUUUGGUACCAAGUCCCGUACCAAGAUUGAGACAACGAUUCACCUCAGUAAGCCAAAGGCGCACCGGAAGUCGGUAUCCUGCACACGUCGAUGUCAUUCCCAGCCCUCGUGAGGCGUACAUUACUCGUCAUGUCGGUGGGAAAAAUAAGGACGAUUACGAAAUGGCAAAAAAGAUGGGAUUUUUAUGGUCUUGGAACCACAUGAUAAGUAAACGUUGGAGAACGAACCAGGCGGUCGAUACAAACUUUCAAAUUAGACUUUUGAAAGACUUUCGUGAGUUUUGCGAAAACAAAUCCGACCGUUUGCAAAGUUUCUGGGAGGAAAGUUGGGAGGCGAAAGAAAACGCGUGUACUCGUUCACCUUAAUCCUACUUUUUAUACCAAAUAUUGUAAUUUUUACAUUUAAUAAAAAAUAAGUAUCCCAUUA